AUGGGAUGCACUGAUAAGGAACGUCUGGCUUGCGUGACUUAUCAACUGACAGGACCCGCUGAUUUUUGGUGGGAAACUAAGAGGAGGACCAUGGACCCCGCUCAUCGUGAGACGCUUACUUGGGAAGAGUUUAAGGAAGAGGUUUACAACAAAUAUGUUCCCAUGAGUUAUCGGGGAUCGAAAGUAGUGGAGUUUCACACUCUAAAACAAGGAAACAUGACGGUCACGGAGUACGACCGCGCCCUAUGUGAGAUGACUCAUUAUGCGCCAGAACUGGUGGACACAGACGAGAAGAUGGCUGCGAAGUUUUGUUCCGGCCUUAGACCCGAGAUAAGGGCAGCUGUGGCCAGCCGCAGGGGAAUUCCUUAUUCCGAAGUGUUGGGUUGUGCCUUAGAUGUGGAGGAAGCACUGCCCAAGAACGAGAGGGUGAUAAAUCCUACACCACCUGCACCUCCAUCGAACUAUAAAGACAAGAGGAAAUGA